UUGUCGCAGGAGAGUUUCGAAGAGAAAGGGGAUUGAAACUCUGGCUAAUUAGGUAAACGUUCGUCGCAAAAUCCCACGGUGCAGAGCCGCGACGCGGCCCGCGAUGGUCUCUCCGACCUCCGCCCCUGCUCCUCCUCCGCCGCCGCCGCCGCCAUCUCCUGCCCCCGCGCGCGACGCUGCACCGAAGAAGCGGAGGCUUGAGGAGGUGGGGUUUCAGCGCUCGCCCUACUACAACAUCAGAGCAGCCGUCGCCAGCCUCCGCGGUCGCUUCCUCCAGUUAUGCGAAGGCACUGAUACCCAAAAGAAAGAUGCUGCUCUUGAGAUCCUUAAAGAGAUAAAAGUUCUCAUGGACUUAUCCAAGAAAAUGCGCCUUGAUCUCUCUGCUACUGCUGGGCCUGUAAAACCGACAGAUGAACCUGCAUCUGGAGAUGCCAGAAAUAUGCCUGCAGGGAAAAUCCCACCAGGAGAGAAUAAUCAAGUUCAUCCGACAAACAAGACUGCAUCGUUUAUGCAUAGUACUGGUGAGAAGGCACCGCUCAAUCCUUUGGAGAUUAAGCAUGAUGCGGAGCCAAGUGUGACUGAUUAUACAAAGAAGUCAGGUCAACACUUGCAAGGGUCUUAUGUUAUUGGUGGAUCUCCCAUUGGGUGGAAUUUCCUUAUGUGGCCUGGAAGCAGCGCAACUUACUAUGGUUUAACCAGAUCAGAGUGGUUGGCACAUCGGGCUGCAAAAUGAAAUGCCAUUAUCCUACUGCCAGCAAAGUAACCAGUAAAAGCAGUCUUAUUAGUACCAUGCUUGUAGAUAUUCCUGGGAUAAUAUCAUAGUUAUUUGCUAGUACCCGAUCUGAUAUUACAGAGCAGCAGAUGAUACUUUAGAAAAAUAUAUACUUAUUGGCACUAGAACAUGGUAAGGUAUGCCACAAUUUUUGAAUGCCUUUCGUUGCUCCCUACACGAGUACAGGCUUUUGCUAUACUUUUCAGUUCGGAAAUGGGAAAAUCAAGUAAUGUAAGCGCAUUGAAACGCUGAUAUAUGUGCUCUUGUUUAACAAGUAAGAAGUAUCUGGUCUCUUUUCCUUCC